AUGAGUAGCAUUAAGUUUUUUCAAACUAUAACCGUUACAGUACUGAUUUUAAUACUAUCACUCACCGCCACCGUUCAGUCGUGUCCACCGUCAGAUAGGGCGGCGCUACUAGCCUUCAAAGCCGCUCUCCACGAUCCCUAUCUCGGCAUCUUCAACUCAUGGACCGGCACCGAUUGUUGCCACAAAUGGUACGGCGUCAGCUGCGACAGAGGCUCCCGCCGCGUCGCCGAUAUCAACCUCCGCGGCGAGUCAGAAGAUCCAAUCUUCGAAAAAGCACACCGCACCGGCUACAUGACCGGUUACAUCUCACCAGCAAUCUGCAAACUCAACCGCCUCUCAAGCAUAACCCUCGCCGACUGGAAAAACAUCUCCGGCGAAAUCCCCCGCUGUAUAACCUCCCUCCCUUUCCUCCGUAUUAUCGACCUAAUCGGAAACCGUAUCUCCGGUCCUAUCCCCUAUAACAUCGGCAAACUCCAGCGUCUCACCGUCUUUAACAUCGCCGACAACUCCAUCUCCGGUAACCUCCCACCGUCGCUAACCAGCCUCAGAAGCCUAAUGCACCUGGACAUCCGUAACAACCAGAUCUCCGGGCCCAUACCUAAAGACAUCGGCAGGCUUCCAAUGCUGAGCCGGGCUUUACUUAGCGGUAACAAAAUCAGCGGGCCCAUACCCGAAUCAAUUUCUCGUAUUUACCGUCUCGCGGAUCUAGAUCUAUCUCGCAACCAAGUUUCCGGGUCCAUACCCGAAUCAUUAGGUAAAAUGGCGGUUUUAUCCACACUUAAUUUAGAUAUGAAUCAUAUCUCUGGUCUUAUUCCAAUAAGUCUUUUUAACUCAGGAAUAAGUGAUUUAAAUUUAAGCAGAAACAGUUUGGAAGGUAAUAUACCUGAUGUGUUUGGUGUGAGAUCUUAUUUCACGGUUUUGGAUUUGUCUUAUAAUAGACUUAAAGGGAGUAUUCCAAAAUCUAUGGCUUCUGCUUCUUAUAUUGGACAUUUGGAUUUGAGUUAUAAUCAUCUUUGUGGGAAGAUUCCUGAUGGAGUUCCGUUUGAUCAUUUGGAGGCUUCAUCUUUUGUUUACAAUGAUUGUCUUUGUGGGAAGCCACUUAAAGCUUGUGUUAAUUAA